AUGUCUUCCAUUACUUCGCCUCUACCCCCUCCAGUGACCACACGACGAAGAGCCCGCAACGCUGCUCAGGCAGGAAACCCACGCCUCAAGUACCCAGUGGUUCCUCCCAUCCUUGAAUUUACUGAGCCGCAUGCUGUCGAGGUCAAGGAAGAACUUCGCGCGAGGUUCGACAAUCUAUGCGAAGAAGCUGGCUGGGCACCUACCGCUGCCAUCCGAGACGAGCUCAGAAUUCUCACCAAGCUUGAUGCGAAAUGGAAACAACGCGAUUGCGAAGCAGCUUUCUUCGCUUUUGUGCAGCACCUGGAUUUCGUAUGGAUGAACGGUUACGUUCUGCUUGGUCGGAAGAAAUUCAAAGAAGGAAUCCUUUGCGUCUGGUAUCGUCCAAUUUACAGCCCCACGGACCGCAGGAUCGAAUUUUGCUAUGGGCCUGGAAAGACUGUCUUCAAACCCGAGGGCUUGCCAGGCAGAGUGGACAAGGACAAAGUCUGGCCACCAUUCAACAAGCUGUUCGACUUGACCAACCUCAGACGAGACAAACAGAACCUAUAUCUUACUGGUGUCUGGGAGAUCCUACACAAGUUCAAGCAUAUGCGCGGUAUCCUCGACCCCAAUGGCUCUGAGGAUGAUGUGUCAAGACCUGGCUAUUCAGAGCUUCCGUUCUUGCCCGGUUCUACUUGGUUGAGACAGCGAGGAGUUCUGUGGAUUGAUAACUCCCCGAAGAGUCAGAAUACCGGAAUGGAGCUCCGCAGUAGACUUGAAUCGCAGUCGCCCGACGAGUCAAACAUGGAGAAACCUGAUGAUGAAGAGUCUGAUCAACGCGCCAACACAACACUAUCAGCUGGAAUGACCAGUAGCAUAGAUGAACCCCACUCUUGUUCAUCGUCAGUCAGCACCGGGACAGACCCUACCGGUUCAGUCUCUGCAAGCAGCUCUUCUAGCAUUGUGCAUGACAGAGUGUGCGGACAAAAGCGCAAGCCUACAGACAAUCCUAACAAUUCACCAAUCCGAAAGCAAGUGCGAGCUUCGAACGAUGAAUCAGAGACAGACUCCUCCCUCGUUACAACAAAGUCUCCUGCUCAAAUUCUGUACCAGGAUCAUUGUCAGAGAUUCCAGUGGACGCCAUGCGAGCCUACACUUCAAGAGCUUGCCGGGUUGCUGAGUUCUCACGACAUCGAGCUUGGAGAUGUGGAAGUUGCUCUCCUCGCAUUUGCCCAGUAUUUUGAUUUCAUAUGGGAGAAUGAUUCCAUGUUCAUUGGCUCUCGCAAAGCCAAGGGUUGUCAGAAGUACGAAAGAAUCUGGUACAAGGCAGUCUAUCGUGACGGCGAGCUUGGGAUCGAGUGGUCUGUCGAUGCAGGCAAGCAACCAUGUUCACCGCCGGUGGGACAGAUGGAGAUUGAGUACUUCUGGCCCUCCUUCAAUGAGUUGUUCGAUAUGAAGAACCUUGGAAGUGCGAUGUACAAUCAGCAGAACGUCUACAUUGCUGGUACUUACCUCAUUCUUUUGCGCUACCCUGCGCUGCGCAGAUACCAAGAACCUGGCUCGGGUUUAGGCAUCAAGCUAGCUCCUCAUUCAGAGAAGCUUGAGCUGCCAUUCUUGCCUGCUUCUGAUCCGGUUGACGAAGUGCAACAACUUCGCACGAGGCAACUCUCAUCUUUCAGUGAGCCUCUGCUCACAAGUGUCGCGCGGCCUGCUCUGAGCGACCAAGGCAGGCGAAGUGAAGCUGGAGCGCAAACUUUGACCGAAAUGCUCGACGGAAGAGACACCCAACGCAAGAUAACCACGAUGUGCAGAAGCACUGGUGGUAUAUAUAUUGCUGAACCAGGAUCCAAAGAAUAUCAGAGCAUAUUAGCCGACCUGCGGAACGAUCAGUUGUCAGAGGCACUUGCCAGCACACCAUCGGAGCUCGUUCAACAACCCCAGGACCAAAGUCCCAUUAGUGGUCUCGUCAACCAUCUUCUGCAGAACAUCCAGCUAUCAAGCUUCGUCGAUACAACUUCCAACGAGACUAAGCUUCGAAUCGUCGCUCAUCUUCCUGCUAAUCUCUUCCAGCCACCUGCUCUCGGCUUUUCUCUAGUGGUAUGGUUAGACAUGUCGCCAGUUCUACCUUCCCGUGACUGCAUCAUACAGGAAUUGGAAAGAAUCGCCAUGGACAGUUUCAACUCUCAGCAGCGAGCCGCCCAGCAACAGAACUUAGUACCUGCGCAAAUGCACCAUGCGGCUGUGUUAGCAGCUCCUGUGGCCCAGAUGGUACGUCAGCAAACCAAUGUGAGCAGCGACAACAAUGUCACUGUUGAACAAGCAAGAGAGCUUCUUCGUGGUCCCCGCGCAAAGCUUGUGUCCUCUGGAAAAGACAAAGACGAAGGUCUUGAACUGUUCCAAUUUGCCAUUACUUUCCCUUCUGCCGUGGCUGAGAGACUUCCUCUCGACCUCAAGUUCACUCCAAUCCUCUCGAAGGAGACCGUUCCUGUCAAUCUCACUAAGAGUCAAGCAUUCAGGGCCCUUGCUGAGUAUGCAAGAGAAGACGAAGAGUCUUAG